AUGGCCAUGUCCUUGAUGCAUUUAACGUUUGGCAAAUCUUCAUUUAAAUUUACCAACAUUAAAUGUAAAGAUCAUGACAUUGAUUUUGCUCAUUUCGAUAGAUGUAAACUUCUUGUAAUUGGACGCGGUGUUGUAUCGCUCGAUAUUAAAGUUGAUUUGUACAAAACACCAGUGUCAAAUGUAUCGGAGGCUUUCGAAAUUAAGAACUUCCUUUUAAACGAAGAAAGUUUUCGACUUCUUCCAAUUCCCGAAGGUGACUAUCUGUUUAAAAUGCAUGUUUUCGCCUACAAUGACCUCAAAGCAACAGUUGAAGUCUACUUCAACCGCAAAGAUGGAUUACUAUUCUGA